AUGGCGAAUCCUGAAGAUCCAUUUGCAGCGAUUGCAAAUAUAGGACCCAAUAAUGAAUAUCCGAACUACGAGAUUCAUCAUCAUGUAACCAAUAUUAGUAGCAGAACGAUAUUGGACGCCGAACGAGUAACAUUGUCAGUCAAGUGUCCAAGUUGCGAAAAAUCAUUUUAUGUGCGCACAAACAUGACAGCCGGUACAGCAACUACUACUACUACUGAGAUAGAAUUUAACGCUGCAGGCACAAAUUUUCCAGUACAUGAAAAUAGAAAACGCGAAUCCAACAAAAAGAACCGCAAUAAGGGAAGACUAAAAGCUACUGCCGCUGCUGAUCGGAAUAACUACACACCGCCUAUAAGUGUUGGCAAACGUGGACGCACAUAUGACGUUGAUUCUGACUCGGAGGAUGAUCCCCGUGUUCCGAGGAAAUCCAAUGAUGUUAAUCGCUAUUUGAAAUUCAAUGACUAG